GUCAGGUUAUUUUGGGGGUCAGCUGUCGUUGUGCCGUCAGCAGGAACUCCUCCUCCUCCUUUCAGUCUCUUCUUCACCUCCUUCGCUCCACUGAUCCUGCAAUCUGAGCAUGGAGACGGUGAAAGCUGAGCAGUUGGUGCCCCCCCCGGCUAAGGAAGCUUCUCUUGCAGCCUCCUCCUCCUCCAACAACCCUAUGGACGAGUACAAGAGGCGGCUGGAGAAGAUCCUCAGCUCCCACGGCUCUGCGUCCGGCCUCCUGGACAAACAGAGUUUGAUGGAGGCAGAGGAGGAAAAGAUGAAGGCGGAGCCGAAAGAGGAACUUCCCGUUGCCAUGGAGAAAGAGGUGUGUCUCAUCAUGAAGAGUCUGAGCAAGGGCUCUUCUCCAGCCAAGAAACUGGAAGAGGUGGUCAGGAAAUACGCCGAAGUGGCGGUGCAGCGGCGCGGCGAUGAGAGGAAGGUGUGUGUGUUGCAGCAGCAGAUGUCCAUGCUGCUGGAGGAGAGCCGAGGCAGCGCGGCGGCUCGCAGCGAGCUGGAGGCGCUUUGUAGAGAACUGCAAGGACACUACGACACACUGAGGGAGGAAACCCUGAAACGCUGCAGGGGCGACGAGGAGAAACGGUCUGAAAUCACCAGCCACUUCCAGAGCAUGCUGACAGAAAUCCAGUCUCAGAUCGAGACGCACAGCACCCGAAACGACAAGCUGUGCCACGAGAACAGCAACCUGACCGACAAACUGGAGGGCCUGAUGUCCCAGUGCGAGAUGAGAGAGGAGAGUUUGGAGAAGAUCAACAAUCACCGCGACCUGCAGCACAAGCUGACCGAAGCCAAACUGCAGCAGGCCAACGCUCUGCUGACCGAGGCCGAGGAGAAGCACAGGAGAGAGAAGGAAUACUUACUGGUUCAGGCUGCUGAGUGGAAACUUCAGACUCAGACACUCAGGGAACAGGGGAACUUGAUGCAGGUGCAGCUGACCCUGUAUGCCCAGAAGUUUGAUGAGUUUCAGGCGACGCUGUCCAAAAGCAAUGAAAUCUACGUCCGCUUCAAGAGCGAGAUGGAUAACAUGUCAGACAAGAUGAAGAAAAUGGACAAAGAGUCAACUCUGUGGAAGACGAGGUUUGAGAACUGCAACAAGGCUCUGAAUGAUAUGAUUUCUGAGAGAACCGACAAAUGCAGAGAGUACGACAUUUUCGUCCUGAAAAUUAAUAAGUUGGAGAGGUUGUGUGACGCCCUCCAGAGGGAGAGGGGAAUGCUCUAUGAAAAGAUCAAGCAAAUCAGCAAGAAUAACUCCAACGUCUCAAUAAAAAUCUUCGGUGACAAAUCUUCUGACCUGAGCCCUUUUGAGCAACAGGAGCUCCAUGAGAUCGGGAUUGAGGACCCGGUCUUGACGGAGGAUAUGUCUCGUCUGAAGGAGGAACAGACAAAGCUGCAGGAGUUCGCCAACUCCCUGUUGAAUGCACCUGCCCAUAAUGAUGAAGAGGACAAUAAGGAGGAAGAAACAGAAGACGACUUGGUGGCUUCUGCGUUUGACCAUUUCCAAACCAAACCUCAGGUCAAGCAGGAGCAGGCGGUAGAUGUCAAGUCAGAGGAAUCAGUUGUGCCACAGUCAGAUAAAGUUACAGAGCCAGCAACGUCUUCACCAGUGGAGAAAACUUCUGAAGUGAUACCAACAGACACAAAACCAGACGUGGAAAAAGUCCCAACCCAGGUCAUGGUCAAAGAGGUGCAACCAGUCAAAGCAGAGGAGGAGAUCCUGACGAAACCUGCUGAACCAACGCCUGAGCCGGAGGAAGUCAAGAUCGAUCCACCGACAGCAGUAGUAGAGGCUAAGGUUGAGGCUGAACCAGUGAAAGAGCAGGACGUCCAGGCUGAACCAGAAGCCCCAGCAGCUCCACCCUCCAAAGACACACCGAAAACCGCUUCCAACGCCGAGUCCGCAAAGAAGCAAACCCCCAAGAAGAAGAAGAAGAAGAACGCCAAGAAUGCAAGCUAAGGUUUUAAAGGUGUGUGUGUGUGUGUUGUGUUAUUUGGGUAAAGUGUGUGUGCGUAGCUGAAAUCAAACGGUGCCUUUAGUUUGUCCCAAUUGUCACUUCUGUUGAGAUUCAAUGUUCUCAGAUGAGGACGGUCAAAAAACACUACAGUUGUAAUGUCUCGUUUGGCGUGGUGGAGAGAGAUGAGCUCCACGACAGAAUGACAACAUCUACAUUAUUAUUACAUGUUAUUAUGUUUUUGUCUUUUGCCAAAACAAAACUCCUUGGUUGGUGUCUGUGCCAGUAAACACCAGUAGUGCUGUGUCUCUUUUAAACAAAACAAGUGUCUCCAAUAAAGUCAUUUUAUGAAAAGUUA